AUGAAUUCCAAUAACUAGGUUUACUCAGAUCAGAAUGGCAGCUAUCUUGGAGCUUUAGUGGUGUAUGUACUGAUCGCUGCUAUGUUUUUCAUGAUUGGGCGUAACUAUGAUCGCAUUAGAAGUGAAGUCCAAAGCAGAAACCCAAUUAAGAAGCAGAACAAGGUAAAUACAAUGACUACUUCAAAGACUACUAAAACUGGCAAGGAGAAAUAUCUAGAAAAAAACCUAGAAGAAUCUAAAAAUGAAAUAAAGCAAUUGUCCUCAGAGCUAAGCAGGAUGAGGCAAAGAGAUUAGUCAUUAAGCGCUGAAAACUAAAUCUUAAAGUCCAAGUUGAUGAAUUAACAGCAUGACUUAGCCAGCUAGCUGGGAAGUUCUGCAGUGCUUAUAGGCAACCAAUAGUCAAGUGAUGACUUCAUCCAAGUCAAUACUAAUAUGGGAGGAGGCUCAAGAGAAAAUCCAAUUCAUGUCAGAUACGAAGAAAGCAAAUCAAUACCAAAUACUUCAAGCAAUACAAACACCAACAACUAAACUUAUCUAGAUACAAGCAAAAGUAGCAAAGCUGGAGAUUAGUAGAAGCAAACGAGGAAAAAAUCAGAGGAUAACUCACCUAUGAGUGAGGGCAAGGACGAGGAUGACCUUGUGAAUGAGAUAGAUAACUUUUUAAUAGAAGACGAUGACCUUUGA